UUUUGACGAAAUUGAGAUUAUCGGGCCAAUCUUUUCGUUUUUUCUUUUUUUAUAUUCUGAUAAAACGGCUAAUGUAUUAGAAGGAGUGUGACCAACUUACAUUCAAGAUUGGCCAUUUUAAUUUUCGUCAUUAAACAUAACUAUUAUUUUGAAAAAAGGGCUUAUCAUUACAUUGGCUAGAUAUCAAUAAAAUUAUUAAUUGAAAAAAUGGCCAAUGUGUAGUUAGGACUAAUGGUAUUGUGGUACAAACUGACUUCGGCCUUUUUCACAUUGUUUACUGACAGAUAACGUUAUUUGAUUAUAUUGAUAAUAAAUUAUUAUAUUUUUGAUUUUUCAUACUUUCUGGUCACUACUAAAAUCUAAGUGUUACCAUUUACUGUGUUUCUACGUAAUAAGCUAAUAAUUAUAAAUGAAAAUGUGAUCAAAUGCAAAUCAAAACUAUGAAUUCAAGAACUAGACGGUUAAUGCAAAUGUGUCAAACUAGUUCCACGUCUACAAAUUCAAGUAAAAACGGAGAAGAAUGUUAUAGUACUGACUCAGAUUCAAUCACUGAUAUCAAUGAUUAUUCAUCAGAUGAGAAUGUCCCAUGUAAAAAUAAAAUCGAUAGUUAUUCAUUUAACUCGGAUUCUGACAACUCAAUUAGUGUUGAAAUUAACGAAAUUGAUAAUAUUAACACAGAAAUACAAAGUGAUGCUUAUUCUGAAAAAUGUACUGUCAAUAUUGAACAAAAUUGCACUUCUGAAGAACGUCAUAAUAACUUUACUUCUGAGCAAGAGAUUAACAAUAUUGAAACAAAUUAUUCUGUAAUACAGAGUUGUUCUGCUAGUACUAAUAUAUCACAAAAGAAAAGGGGGACGUCAAAAACAAGAGGGUCCUAAAACUAGAAAACGUUUAAGUAAUCCAAAAACAUGGGUAAGAAAUAUUGAAAAAUCAAAAAAAAACAAAAGGUGAAGAAUAUCUUAAUACAAAGGGACAAUUAGUUGCUAAAAAACCUUUACAACCACCAUGUUCUUGUAGACUAAAAUGCUCAGAAAAAUUUACUCAUGAGCAAAGAGAAAACAUUUUUAAAAAUUUCUAUAACCUUCCAAAAGAUAGUCAAAUGCAGUUCAUAGCUUCAUCGGUUAUUGAAACAAAUAAAAAAUUGGAAAGGCUCAGAAAUGAUAAAGAAAUGAUGAGUAGAAGAAAUUUUUAAUUAUAAUAUAAUAAUUAUACUAAUAAUGGGAUAUUUAACACAGAAAGAUGGUAAAAAUCAAGUAGACGAACUACAGCAACAGUUAUCUAACCUGAAUGUAGAUGGACAGAUAAAAAUAGAAAA